UAACAUCGCCAUCAAAUUGAUCACGGUUUACAUAUGCGUUUUUAAUCAAAUUUUAAUUGUGAUUAACUAAUUCGAAUUAAAUUGACAUUUGACGGGGUUGGCACAACUGAUUAAGUUCAGUGGCUAUUUUCACGAGUGUUUUUAUAAUUUCUCUCCCGUGUGGUCUGUGUGUGCGCUUGUGCAAAUUACAUUUAAAAUUUAAAAUGACGGAGGCAAAAGUGCACCGAGAAAGAACAAAGAACUUUACCGAAAGGGAAAAGGAAAUUGCUCUAGAUAUUAUAAACAGAUAUCAAAACAAAAUAGAAAAUAAAGAAACCGACGGUGUUUCCCAAAAGGAGAGAAAAGACGCAUGGGAAAAGGUGGCUGAAGAAUUUAAUUCAGCAUCAUCAACAGCACCACGAACAGGAAAGCAGAUGAAAGUGCUUUGGUCCAAUUUACGCCGGACAGCUAAAAAAAAUAUUGCUAAAGAAAAUAAAAAAAGAUACUUAGAUGAGACGAAUGAACUGGGAAAUAUAGCAGAGCUUAAACGAAAAAAAAAUGAAGAUAAGAAAAACAUUUCGAAAACUGGGGGUGGAACGUUCGAGAGCCAAUUAACUGACGUGGGGGCUAGAGUCUUAGCAAUGGUCGAGCCACAGGCAAGGCCCUUACCAAAUCUAUUUGAUGAUGACAAUAUUUACCAUAAAGAUAUAGUACUAUUAACUCAAGAUCAGGAAAUAUCCCCUCCUGUCCUGGAACCUGUUGAAGGAUACUCUAAUGUAAAUAUUUCUGAUCUCCCCAUUUACCUUGAAGAUGAAUGUGUUCCCCCAUCCGAAACCGUUUGUGAAGAAAUCCCUACCCACCAGCCACCACGAAAAAAAUACACCCCUUCUAAAAAUAAAUCAAACAAAAAAAACAGUUGAUUUGAAAAGAACACUAUAUUUAAAGCGCAUAAAAUUAGCAAACAUGGAAAUUGAAUUUAAAAAAAAGAUGUACGAAUUAGAAUUAAAAAUUAAAGAAAAAGAGUUGGAAAAAAUUAGCCGAAAUGAUUAAUAAAUAUUGAAAUUUUAUUUGUUUUUUUUUUUCAAUGAAAAUGUGUUCUUAUAAGGGCUGUACGAGCGGCAGUAUUUUCAUUAAUAUUAUUAUUUCUAUGAACAGGUUCAAUUUCAAGUUCUUGAGGUACUUCAACAUCUGGAUCUCUUGGCGGUUCAUUAUCAUUUGUGAAAAUGGCAAUGUUAUGUAACACAGCACAAGCCACAAUAGUUGCUAAUGUAGUGUUCAUUUUAGUCCGCAGUCCCAAUGACAGACAAGAAAAACGACGUUUCAAAACUCCAAAACACCGUUCAAUAGCAUUUCUAGUCGUUCUGUGUGACAAAUUAUAAGCUUCUUCCGCAGCUGUUCUUGGAUUCAGUACUGGAGUUAAAAGAAAGGGACGGCAAGCAUAUCCACUAUCUCCAAGUAGAAAACCAUUUUCAUAUUCACCUCUUUCUAGAUGUGCACAGAGGGAUGAAUCGUUAAAUAUUGUACUAUCGUGGACACUUCCUGGCCACCUCGCGACAAUAUUUCUUAUUUGCAGGUCUGCAUCGCAUACUGCCUGUACAUUAAUUGAAAAAAAUCCCUUCCGAUUACGAAAAAUUUCAGCGUUGGGGCCACCUGGUGAUUCAAUUCUUAUGUGAGAACAGUCUAUUGCACCUAUUACUCUUGGCAUUCUUCUUUUACGAUAAAAUUUUAACUGAACAUUAUGUAGUUCUUCUCUGUUUGGCAUUUUUAUAAAUUAUAGUUUAAGUUGAGCGAUUUUUUGGAUAACACUUUUUAUAACAACACAGACUGUUGACUUAUGUACAGCAACAGUGUCACCCACUAAUUGUUGAAAGGAACCUGUUGCCAAAUACCUCAUUGUAAUUAAAAUCUUAUUUAUUGCAGAUAUCGAUUUGCGUCUUCUAGUUGUAGGUUCUAAAUCAUGACCGAUCAACUCAUGAAGCCAUAAGAUAGUUGCCUUCGAGAAUCUAAAUCUCAUUUUAAAUUCUUCUUCGUCGAAAAUUUCAUAAGGAUUUCUCCUAUCUCUUAUCCCUCGGUAUCUUCUAGGUAUUCUUUCCAUUCUUACUUCAUCCUCAGAAGAAUCAUCAGACGAUGAUGUAGUCGUAAGUGAUACAUCAGACAUCUAAUUGUAAUUUUUUGAAUAAUAAUAAAAUAAUUAAAAAAUGUG